AUGUCAGACGCACUAGCUGCGAAGCUACGAGCUUCGACGCUCAACGAGACACCGGAAAAUGGCGAUUGGAAGAAGAGCCUGAAUAUUCCUACCCGGGAUGGCAGACACCAGACAGAGGAUGUUACCAACACCAAGGGGCUAGAAUGGGAGGACUUCGGACUGAAGCGAGAUCUCCUAAUGGGCAUCUUCGAAGCUGGAUACGAGAAGCCCUCGCCUAUCCAAGAAGAAUCCAUUCCGGUAGCUCUUACGGGGAGGGAUGUGCUCGCGAGAGCCAAGAAUGGCACUGGCAAGACGGCGGCUUUUGUUGUUCCCACGCUGGAACGCAUUAAUCCCAAAGUCAACAAGAUCCAGUGCUUAAUACUCGUGCCCACAAGAGAGCUGGCUAUGCAAACAUCCCAGGUCUGCAAGACGCUCGGAAAGCACCUCGGAAUCAACGUGAUGGUCACAACGGGAGGCACCACCCUCCGCGACGAUAUCGUCCGUCUUCAGGAUCCUGUCCACAUAGUGGUGGGCACUCCCGGGCGUAUCCUUGAUCUGGCUGGCAAAGCGGUAGCCGAUUUAAGUGAAUGUCCCAUGUUCAUCAUGGAUGAAGCCGACAAACUUCUGUCUGUCGAGUUUACACCCGUCAUUGAGCAGCUGCUGCAGUUUCACCCCAAGGACCGACAAGUCAUGCUCUUCUCGGCCACUUUCCCCUUGUCCGUCAAGGACUUCUCGGAUAAGAACAUGACCAAGCCUUACGAGAUUAAUCUGAUGGACGAGCUCACACUUCGUGGUAUCACACAGUACUACGCUUUCGUCGAGGAGAAGCAGAAGGUACACUGCUUGAACACGCUCUUCUCCAAGCUGCAAAUCAACCAAUCCAUCAUCUUCUGCAACUCAACGAACCGUGUUGAGCUGCUAGCCAAGAAGAUCACCGAACUCGGUUAUUCCUGCUUCUACAGUCAUGCCAGGAUGGCGCAACACGCCCGUAACCGUGUAUUUCACGAUUUCCGCAAUGGUGUGUGUCGCAACCUGGUUUGUUCUGACCUGCUCACUCGUGGUAUCGAUAUUCAAGCUGUGAACGUUGUUAUCAACUUUGAUUUCCCCAAGAAUGCCGAGACGUAUCUGCACCGCAUCGGUCGGUCUGGUCGAUAUGGGCACCUCGGUUUGGCCAUCAACCUGAUCAACUGGGAGGAUCGAUUCAACCUCUACAACAUCGAGAAAGACCUUGGCACUGAGAUCCAGGCAAUUCCCGCCACCAUUGACAAGAGUCUCUACGUCUAUGAUAACCCGGAGAACAUUCCGCGCCCGGUCAACACGUAUGCCACCACGCAAUCGACGACGUCCGGGCCCAGGCCGCAGCAGAACGAUCCGGCUACACAAUCACAAUCGCAGCCGCAGCAGCCAAACAACCUACCUCCCUCCCAGGGCAGAGGCCAGGGUGACUUGCGUAACCAAGGUGGGCGUGGUGGCAACUUCAAUGAUGCCCAGCCCCGUCAGUACCAAGGCAAUCGCGGCGGCCACCGUGGCGCCGGUCGGGGCCGUGGUCGUGGAUACAACAAUAACGGCAACAACUACGGCGGCCGCGGAGGUGGUCGUGGCCAGGGUCAGCCGCCGCAACAAGCAUAA